AUGGCAAAACUGCAGUACCGUUUGAAACUCUUCCUUGCUGCCACUCUUGCCUUGGUCGCCUUCGUUGCGGCUGACGUCAGCCAUUUGUCGAGGACAUACUUGCCACCAGCUGCCAACUACGGCGGUCCUUCUUACUCUUCGGGUGGUAGUGGCGGCGGUGCAUACUCCUCAGGCGGCUCCGGAGGUGGCUCAUACUCCUCAGGUGGUUCAGCAGGUGGUUCAUAUUCUUCUGGAGGCUCAGGAGCUGGUUCCUACUCCUCAGGUGGUGGCGGUUCCUCCUACUCUGCUCCAUCUAACGAAUACUUGCCACCUUCUCAAAGCUAUUCUGCACCCGCCCCAGCUCCAGUCUAUUCAGGUCCAUCAUACUCCUCAGGUGGUUCAGUUGGAGGUUCAUACUCUUCAGGUGGAGCUGCUGGUGGCUCUUACUCUUCUGGUGGCUCAGCAGGUGGUUCAUAUUCGUCAGGUGGGGCUGCUGGUGGCUCAUACUCUUCUGGAGGCUCAGGAGCUGGUUCCUACUCCUCAGGUGGUACCGGUUCUUCUUACUCUGCCCCAUCUGAUGAAUACUUGCCACCAUCGCAAAGUUACUCUCCACCCGCUCCAGUUUACUCUGCUCCUGCACCAGCUCCAGCACCAGUAUACUCUGCACCUGCCCCAUCUCCUGUCUACUCGGGUCCAUCAUAUUCUUCAGGCGGAAGCGGUGGCGGUCACUACAGCGGCGGUGCUGGUGGUUCUUACACUAGCGGUGGUUCUUCCGGCUACUCUGCCCCGGCUCCUGCUCCAGUGUACUCUGCUCCAGCUCCUGCUCCAGUGCACUCUGCUCCUGCUCCAGCUCCAGCUCCAGUCUACUCGGCACCAGCCCCAGCACCGGUAUAUUCUGCCCCGGCUCCUGCUCCAGUGUACUCUGCUCCUGCUCCUGCUCCAGUGCACUCUGCUCCUGCUCCAGCUCCAGCUCCAGUCUACUCGGCACCAGCCCCAGCUCCGAUAUAUUCUGCCCCAGCUCCUGCUCACGUUUCCUCAGGUCCAUCAUACUCUUCGGGCGGUAGUGAUGGUGGUUAUUCUUACCCAAGCAGCGGCUCAGCUGGUUUGUCUGGUGGAGCUGACGGCGAUUAUUCCGGCUACUCUGGUCCAGCACCUGCUCCAGUGUACUCAGCUCCCGCUCCAGCCCCAUCUCCUGUCUACUCGGGUCCAUCAUAUUCUUCAGGCGGAAGCGGCGGUGUUGGAGGUUCUUACUCUAGCGGUGGUUCUUCCGGCUACUCUGCUCCGGCAUCUGCUCCAGUGUACUCUGCUCCAGCUCCAGCUCCAGUGUACUCUGCUCCUGCCCCAGCUCCAGCUCCGGUCUACUCUAGUCCAUCGUAUUCUUCUGGCGAAAGCGGUGAUGCUGGAUACUCUGCUCCCAGCUAUUCAUCAGGUGGUUCAUCCCACUCGUCGGGCGGCUCAUCAUACUCUGGUGGCAAUGUUGGCACCCAGUAUGCUUCCAACGGGGGUUACAUCUACUGA